AUGUCCUCCUCGGUUGCACAUUUCCUGACCCGUAACCUUGGUGGAGGUCUACGCAGAGGGGGUGGGGGCCGAAAGUUCAAGUCAGCUCUUCCUCCCAGCACGGGCGCCUUUAUUAAUAUACGCCAUCCCCUCGUUCCAUCUCGUCUUUCUCUUCUCAAUUCAUCUUCAUCAUCUUCAUCAUCUUCACUAUCACCAUCACUAUCACCAUCAUCAUCACCACUAUCAUUGUUAUCAUCAUCUUCUCCAAAUCAUUUACAUCUUGUUCAUCAGCCCUUGUCAGCUCGCAGCUUCAGUAUGCUUCAUCCUCUUCAAUCCCAGCACAACAAGGCAAUGUCUCCACCGUUUCCUGCCCCAUCACGAGCACAAACACAACCACUACCUCUAUUAGAACCAGCAAUCGAAGAAUCCCUCUCAUCAACGCCACCAAAUGAGGCUGUCGCUGGCAUCGAUCCCUUAACCGGUCUGCCAAAACGUGGAAACAAGAGAGCAUUCGCCAGCGAGGACCCGAUUGAAGCUCUUUUGGCAAGAAACGAACACUGGUCGUCAUCCGUCAGCAAAAAGUAUCCCGAGUUGUUCCCAUCUCUCGCCUCAACACAGAAACCUCAGAUCCUCUGGUUCGGUUGCAGCGAUUCGCGUGUGCCGGAGACAACCAUUCUCAACCUGUUGCCUGGUGAGGUUUUCGUCCACAGGAACAUUGCCAAUUGUCUGCCGCCGAACGAUCUCAGUUCCUUGAGUGUCUUGCAAUAUGCAGUUGAGGUCCUUCAGGUCAAACAUAUCAUUGUCUGUGGUCAUUAUGGAUGUGGUGGUGUCGCGGCCGCUUGCGCCCAGAAAAAGCUCGGUCUUAUUGAUGUCUGGCUGAAGAACAUUCGGGAUGUCCGUGCAAAACAUAUGCCUGAACUUGAGAACAUCAAGGACCCAGAACUCCGAGUCAGACGGCUUGUUGAGCUCCACACAAAGGCACAGGUUCAUAACGUUCUCCACAACGCCAAUGUUAUCGAGGCGAUGAAGGAGCGAGGUCUUAAGGUUCACGGUUUCGUCUAUGAUGUUGCCAAUGGAAAGAUUAGGAAGUUGGAAGUACCGGACGAUCACUCGACGGAAAUCUACAAUCUCAACAACGAUAAGCCACUACACUAA